AUGGGCAGCACUCGUAUACCUUCGUAUCUCCUCUCCGCGCCCCGGACGCGUCGACCCACGCUCUGCACCAAGUUGCGCAGGAGCUACUACGACUACUCGUAUGGCUAUCGUGAGCAGCGGGCCUUCACGCUCCCCGACUACACCUCCGCCCAACUCGCGAACCGCACCGCCAAUGCGCCUCUACUUCGCUACGUCGACUCCCUCCGUACGCAUGGCCAUCGCGCGGCCCGCGUUGACCCGCUCGAUCUCCUCCAGCGCGAAGAGGUCGCUGCGCUCAGCCCCGAGCGCUACGGCCUCGCCGACCCCGCCAGCACGUACGACAUCAAUGGCAUCAUAUGGACGCGCCCCGUCGGGCAGGACGCGGGGCCGGAACAUUGGCCGCUCGAGAAGAUCACGAGGCACUUGAGGGAGGUAUAUGUGGGGCGCGUCGCGUACGAGUACAUGCACUCACCGUCGAAGACGGAGAGGCUAUGGUUCUCGCACUUGCUCGAGAAGGAGGAAGACGAGACGAGGAAGCUCGAGGGGGAGAAGAGGAAGCGGAUACAUAAGCUGCUUGCCGAGUCGGAGGUGUUCGAUCAGUUCCUGCAGCUCAAGUUCCCGAACCUGAAGCGGUACGGGCUCGAGGGCGGGGAGUCGAUGCUUCCCGCGCUCGAUGCGCUCUUCUCAUCCUCCGCGCAAGCCGGCGUCGAGCACAUAAUCAUCGGCAUGCCCCACCGCGGCCGCCUGAACCUCCUCACGGGCAUGCUCCAGUUGCCUCCCUCCGCUCUUUUCCACAAGAUCAAAGGCGGGUCCGAAAUUCCUGAAGAGUACGGCGCUGCGGGAGACGUUAUCAGCCAUCUCACGGCAUCUCCUCUCCUGGAAUAUCCGGGCGCAGCGAAACCACUACACGUGUCGCUCCUCCCGAACCCAUCCCACCUCGAGGCGAUUAACCCCGUCGCACUCGGCAAGACGCGUGCGAAGCAGUUCGCGCUCCUCAAGGCCCUCCAGAGCCAAGGCGAGACGGAGUGCAUGCCGGGCGAUCGCGUGAUGUGUGUGCAGCUGCAUGGGGACGCGAGCUUUACUGGGCAGGGGGUCGUCAUGGAAGGUCUUGGGUUGAGUAAUUUGCCGCAUUAUACGGUAGGAGGGAGCGUCCAUCUCGUCGUCAAUAACAGCAUCGGAUACACGACGCCUGCGUCGAGCGCCCGGUCAUCAUUGUACUGCUCGGACGUGGCCAAGAUGAUCAACGCCCCCGUCCUCCACGUCAAUGGCGACUACCCGGAAGGCAAGUCGAACGUGCAGCGUGCGAUGGACAUCGCGUUCAAGUACCGCAACUAUUUCCGCAAGGAUAUCAUCGUGGACCUCAUCGUCUACCGCCGCUGGGGCCACAACGAGCUCGACGAGCCGGCAUUCACUCAGCCGCUCAUGUAUGAGAAGAUCCGCUCGCGCCGCUCAGUCCCCGCCCUAUACGAGGAGCACCUCAUUGAUGAGAACGUCCUGACGAAGGACGCGGCCGAGGCCGUCCGCGCGCAGCACAAAGACUUCCUCGCCUCCGAACUCGCGUCCGCCCCAUCGCAGACCCCUGGCAGCCACGUCUCGGUGCUGCAGGGCCAGUGGAAGGGCAUCACUUGGCCCGGGAGCCAGGAUGCGGUUGGGGAUCCGGAGACGGGGGUCGAUCGGGAGGCGUUGCAGCAGGUCGGGAGGGCGAGCGUUAGCGUCCCGGAAGGGUUUAAAAUCCAUCCGAGAUUGCAGCGACACGUCAAGAACCGGCUGCAGGCGAUGGAAAACGGGACAGGACUUGAUUGGGCCACCGCGGAGGCCCUAGCAUUCGGCUCGCUCAUGCUCGAGGGCUACGAUGUUCGGAUAUCGGGGCAGGAUGUCGGACGUGGAACGUUCAGCCAGAGGCAUGCGAUGCUUGUGGACCAGCGCACGGAGGGCGUCGUGGUCCCCCUAAACCUUGCGCUAGGCGGCGGCGGCCGGCUCGAGCUCGCGAAUAGCUCGCUCAGCGAGAUGGCUGUCCUCGGGUUCGAGUACGGUGUCAGUUGGGAGAAGCCCGAUAUGUUGCCCAUCUGGGAGGCUCAGUUUGGCGACUUCUUCAACGGUGCACAGGUCAUGAUUGAUACCUUCAUCUCUUCCGGAGAAACCAAAUGGCUCAAACAGAGCGGCCUCGUCCUGCUGUUGCCACAUGGGCUUGACGGCGCCGGCCCCGAGCACUCAUCUUCCCGCAUCGAGCGUAUGCUCCAGCUGACCAAUGAUCCAUAUGCAUUCCACGAAGGUUCAGGAGCCGCGAGCGUGAACAUGCACGUCACUUUCCCGACUACACCCGCACAGUACUUCCACCUCCUAAGGAGGCAAGUGAAGCGCAACUUCCGCAAGCCACUGAUAGUCGCGGGGCCGAAGGGUUUACUUCGUCUCCCUGCUGCUGCCUCGUCGUUGGAUGAGCUUUCGUCGGGCCGGAAGUUCCGCCCAGUGCUCGACGACUCUAUCGCGAACCCCGCUGACGUGUCUCGGGUCGUGCUUCUGUCAGGAAAGCUCUACUACGACCUUGUGAAAGAACGACAGAAGCGGCAGCUUGAAGGGAAGGUCGCCUUCAUCCGUGUGGAAGAGCUGAGCCCAUUCCCAUUCCGCGCCGUGCACGACGUCCUUGCGCGCUACGAUUCUGCCGAGAGUAUCGUCUGGCUACAGGAAGAGCCCCGGAAUCAGGGUGCGUGGACACACGUCCAGCCGAGGCUCGACGUGGUGUUGAAGCGGCUCGGGCGGGAGAGAGUCGCGUUUAGAGGUAGGAAGGAGGAUGCGGUGCCUGCUCCUGGUAUCGCGUCAUUGUACGCCGCUCAGCAAAAGACUGUCAUCGACGCGGCGUUCGAGAGCUUGUAGGCGGACAGAUAGCGGACUUUACUUUCGGAAAUUCGCAGAAGCCCGGAGGGCCGUAGUACCGUAAGAAGGUCAAUAAUGGAUGGAAACGGGUGCC